AUGGCAAUGGGUGGAACCGUGCCACCAACUCUUCCAGGUACUCCUGCUGCACCAACAGUUGUGACUGGAGCCUCAACUUCUGCUGGACCUGGUAAGAAGAGCCAAUCAGAACUAAAAGUAUUUUAAAUAGGAUGUUUCUUGAUGUUACGAAAACCGUUGUUGGUUAGCUUAAUUGUUUUGUGGUGUGGAUAUUGUUCAGUGUCUUUUCAAUCUUUUGUAUAGCUUCCUUUGGUGAUCCUUACCUUGCCCAGUUUGCCCAAUAAAUACAUACAUACAAGGCUUUUCAAAGAUAAUUACAAAAAGUAUAAUUACAAACAAAAUGGAGUAAAGUAAAUAUAUAAAAAGUGAAUUGGUAAAAUUAUCAAGCAGCUAAAAAUUAAUCACUAUACAAGAUCAUACAUAAAAUACAAGAAACAUCUUUUACAAAGUUUUAUGCCGAGCAAAGUAGUUUACUUUUGAGCUUUCGCUUAAUGUUUGAAACAUCUUUAAUUAGUUUUAAUUCAUUUUCUUCACUGUUCUGUAAUAGAAGCUUCUCUAGCACUUGCUGAUUUAAAUAAGGGAAUUAAUGUAGCGAUUGUGCGUUUCUAGUUUCUCACCCACUGAUGUUAAAUCGUUUAGUAAAUUUAGACAUAAGAUAAUCCGGUGCUGGGGCCGUCAUGUACAUUUAAAUGGGCAACUGGAGUUUUUUGAGGAAUUCAUAUUACCGAGGAACUGUGUAAUCAAUCCUGUCCAUCAAAAAGUCUUUGGGGCCAAUUGAAAUAAUGACUUUUGGGCGGUACAUGCUAGCUAUAGAACCUUGCCCGAACGGCAACCUGUAAAACUGACUCUCUUUUGAUCUUCCAUGUAUUCUCCCAAUGAUACACAUUGCCACACAUAUGGAGCACAUUUUUAUAUAAUUAUAUGGCUCAAUGGCCACUCCAUACUAUUGAUUCUUAAAAUAUGAGGGAAAAAGCUAUGUCCUUGCAAUUCAUGAUUUUAAUUAAUUCUCAGUUGAAAGCUGUUUAACAAAUUUUUAAGUAAGUCAAACUGUUUCAUACACUGUACUUUUUCAGUCAGCAAUUUUGAUCUUGGGGAGAACCAGAAGAGAUGGGUUGCGAUCGGGAUUUGCUUGAACAGAGUUUUGUUGCCAGUCCUCCGUGAUUUUGUGGGUCAAGAAAUGCCCAAACACUACGCAUCCUUGAAGAGUACACAUGGAAUUGACACUCAAGUCUUUGGAAGUCAUUUGACCCAUGAUGGACGAUUACAGCUGAACUAUGGAAGCAUCAAUAAUAACUUGGGCAACUUUAAGAAAACAGUGCGUUCAUAUGAUUACAAAGUUAGAACAUCUGAGGACUUGGCUAAACUUUAUCUUGAGCCACACAUGGCCAAGUUCACAGGUGGGAUACUUUGAAAUGAAUAGAAAGUCAAUCAUGGAUUAACUCCUGUUGUUUUGUUAAGAGGCUUAUUAGCUUGGGUUUUUUUUUUGCUCAGAGCUCUCGCUAUCAACAUUGUGACUUCUAAGAGGGGGUACUCCAUAUAAAACACGAUGUCCUAUAUGGGUUGGCUCCGCUCGGUCAAUCAGGAAAAAGAUAAGCUUAUCAUUGUAUUUUUAUUUGCAGGAUUUGACAACACAUGCGACCUUUCCAGCGUAUUAGGAAUUCUAGAGAGAGCGUCUAUAUUUGUUGCUAGCGCAAUUUCACCCUAUGCCAAGGAUGUGCGCUCUAAAGUAAGAAAUGAGUGGGGACAUUGCAACUUUGACCACUGGACUGAUCCAGAGUUCAAAAAUUGUUUUGUGCUGUUAGAAAAUUUGCUUCGUUCUUUGAAGCUUCCCAGUGGAGAUGAAGCGAAAGUACUUGACGACCUUCGUGACUGGAAGAAGAGAGGUAAGUAGCUGAUGCAGGUUUUUUGUGUUGUUAAUGUUAAUAUUAGUGACCUUUAGAUGAUAUGCGGGGAGUAGGACGACCGCGAGAACGAGAUUUGACUCAAAGAUUUUUUGCGUUUUCCCAAAAAAAGACACCUUCAUUUCACCUUAGUUUCACCAGAAACGUUAGCACGGCAAUUUUUAGUGAAGGAGGUUAAGCACUCUCCAGAUCGCAAAAUGACAAAGCUUCUAACUUGUUUCCGCCUGUAGCAGAAUGACGCUGCCUAUCACGUUUUCCCGCCAAAACGACGCUGGUUCACGCGUGCACCACCAAGUAUUGAGAAAAUCUCGUCCUUGUAGACAUCCUUAUCUUUGGAAUCCAAAGGUCUCUAUUAUUGCUAAACAGCGAUAAAAAAAUUAAAAUUGAGGUGAAAGAAACCACGCCAAAACAGUAAGUCAGUAGUAGCUGCCUUCAAACUUAAAAAAAGUUUAAGUAAUAACAAUUAUUGUUAGUGAUGUCGGAAACUGCCUGACGGUGACCAUUCUUCCAUCAUGUAAAUAUAAAAUAUUGCGCGCAUAAGAAAAAGAAACCUUUUGGUGUUACUUCUACAAAACCCGGAAAGGAAAAGAGCUGUCGAGUAGAUCAUGUUUGUCAGUAGGCAGACAAGGGUUAAAAAAUAUACAUCCGACGAAAAAGUAAGGUUUGGCAUCACUUAGGACAAACUACAAAAUUUGUAAUGCCAUCAUGAGGUCCUCAAAUCAACCCGCGCUCGUUACAUUUGUAGGCCACCAAAAAGACGCAGUUGCCUGUCAUGUCUUUUAAGUAGUCUUCAAUAGUAUGCUGAUAUGAAAUGUUAACAUUCUUGUUGUAGGGGUGGACCUGUGCGUUGGCUGUCCUGUGGAUGAGGAGUUAUUGAAACUUGUUGUUGACGAAGUUGCCAACCUGCAGCAUGAUCUCGACGAGGUAAGGAAAAUCGGCAUGGACGAAGUCCAGAAGUGUUUAGAUGCCCUGCAGAAUUUUCGUGAUAGCAUUGAGAAGCGCCUAACCCAACUUGAGAAUCGAGUGGAGGAACAAUAUAAGGAACAGUCAGAAACCAACGAAGCGUUAUCCAGUGCCAUUGGCGAUCUUUCUAAAAAUGUUAAGAAGGUUGACGUACGUCAAGAUGAAAGCGAAGUAAAAAUGGCUAGUUUGGAGAGAGACCAAAAGGAUUUACAUGCCUCUGUAGACGUUUUGGAAAGGAAAAGUUCUCACACAGAGCAAAAGGUGAAGGCGUUGGAAUCCUCUUUGGAAGACCAUGUGAACGCUUCGGCUACGAAUGAUGCGACCGCGUUUCUAGCGCCUAGACGUAAUUCUUGCUUUUGUGGUCGUGCGAACGAACUAAGCGCUAUUCUCGGCAUCCUUAAAGGCAACCAAAACAGUUGUGUGGAUACAGCCAUAUACGGUCUCGGUGGCAUAGGUAAAACGUCACUUGCUGUUGAGUUUAUUUGGAGACACAAGAAUGAGUAUCCGGGUGGUAUUUUCUGGAUCUCUGGGGAAAGCAACAUGACCUUUCAAAGUUCUGUCAGAGAAAUGGCUCUGGAGAUGCAAAUAACUUCACCUGAGAGUGAUUUUUCCUUUACCUUAAUGAAAGCCCUUGCGUGGCUUAAAAAGCAGAGCAAGAUGUGGUGCUUAGUUGUAGAUAACCUUGACCAACUGGAAAUGUCCGAAGACAUGCGCAAGUUACUUAGGGGCAAAUGGAAGCAAGGAUCACGUGGCCAUGUCAUAAUUACUACCAGGAGAGAACCGAGGGAAAUACUUAAGGAAACAGGAAUCGAAGAGAAGUCUUGUAUUGAGCUGAAACGUCUAACACAAGAACAGAGCGUUGAGUUUUUAAGAAAGAAGACUGGGAGAACGGAGGGGGAAGACAGUGAAGUUCGUGAACUGGCGAGUGAACUUAGUGGUCUGCCAUUGGCUCUUGAUCAAGCCGCAGCAUAUAUACGGUACCUUUCCUGUUCCAUAAGGGACUACGUUAAGCAAUAUAAAGAGCAGAUUGAGAAACUCGAGCUUCUGAAAAAGAUGAAAGCACAAGAACCUGAUGAAUACACAUCUCCAGACCGUUUGGCAGUCCAUACUACGUGGCUGAUGAAUUUCGAGCACAUCACUAACAGUAAAUCUUAUGACAAAGAGAUACGCUUAGUUGCGACUCUCUUAAUGGAGAUUUUCGCUUUUCUUGGUCCUGACGAUAUUCCCAGCGAAGUUUUCAAUGAAGGACUUCCCCCAGUAGACUCCUCAAGCCUACUGAAAGUUAUGAGCAGUCCCUUGGGACGGAAGGAGGUAAUGAACCUUUUGACAAACCUCUCUCUCUUUCAGCAGUUUGGGGCAAAUUCAUACUCUGUGCAUCGUUUAGUUCAAGAAGUGAUCCGCACCUGGAUGGAUGAAAAACGAAAAGAGGAUGCCUUUUGUAAAGAUUUUUUCCCCAAGGAAUUUGCUUUCAUAGCUGGGACACGUUUUCUCCACCAUGCGCUUUCAAAUACCCGUUCGCCGGUCGGUGUGUGCAAAGAGUUUAGCGAAGAUGCUGUAUUUAGUGUCAAGAAUCCUCCUUCGCUGUACUUUUGGGGGAAGUUGGCCUCUCACGCAACUUACUUCCUUGAUCACAUGCUUAAAUUCACUACAAAGAAUGAGGAAUCUGCUUGCAUUCUGCUUCAUACAGAGGAAACAGUCCGCCUUUUGAACGAAAGCGCAAUAUCUUACAGUGUAGCGCGGGAAAAAGUUAAAGCUCAAGAAAUCCAAAAACGAAAGUUAGAAUUUCUUACUCUGCUCGAAAAGUUACCAUCUGAAGAAACAUUAAACCUUCUUCUUUAUUUUAACAUGCCACUCAAAGACAAGUAUUACAAGUUGAUAUCCCAUUGCAUGAGAGAACGACCAUCUAAUCCUGAAGAUUCCACUGAUACUCACAGAAUUCAUAAUGCCGACCAGCUAAGACAAGAAGGAAACCAAUCAGUACAAAGUGCAGAGUAUGGGAAAGCGUUAAGUCUGUACAACAAAGCCAUUGAACUAAACUCCAAGGACUACCGUUUAUACUCCAACCGAGCGCUUUGCCAUUUAAAACUUAGCAAGCCGAAGAAAGCUUUAGAUGAUUGCGAAGAGUGUCUUUCACUUAAACCCGAUUACGGCAAAGCGCUGUUACGCAAGGCCUGGGCUCUCAACGAACUAAUGAAAGAAGGUAAAUGUCAGGGCAACUUGAAAGGAAAUGCCGUGGCUACUGCUGCGUUAGCUCAUUACCUCGAUUCAAAUUUGUCUAACAGAAGCUUCAUAAAUGAAAGGUUUCCGCAUCUGAAUUAUGAAGUAAUACGCUCUAGUUAUCAGUUAGAGAAGGAACUGCAGUUUCUCCAAGCUAAUAAAACACUACUUCUGCUCGAGGGAGAGUAUAAUGUCAGUCAGUUCGCGGUCGCCCUUUUCGAUACUCACGUGGUGGGUCUUGGCUCAGGAGCUGUCUUAAAUUUUGGAAAAGGCUUUGUAGUUGAAAAUGUUACGUGUUAUUUUCAAAACGUAAGGUUUCCAAGUGGCAAUCCGCCUUUGGUUUGCCAAGGUCAAAGUGCAAUAAUUCAUUUGAGCCACUGUGAGAUCUCAGCUGGUUUUUCAUGCUGCCAAGACUAUCCAGAGUGUAAUGGAGGAGAGGGAUGUGUCGCUGCCUCGCGUGGACAGCCGAUUUGUGAUCGCAACAACAAUUUUGGUAUACCAUCAACUUCUGGUGUCUCUGGGUUCCCUGGAAUUCAGGUGCAAGGUGGUUGCACAGUGUGUCUUACACGUUGUCAGAUACAUCAUUGUGGGGGUGGUGGUGCUUGGGUUUCAGGUAACGGGUCUCGCUUGGUUGUGCAGAAAUGUGAGGUAUACAGCAACCAAAAUGGCCUAGAGGCAAGAGAUGGCGGUCAACUUAUAGCAACAGAAAAUAUAGUUUAUAGCAAUAGUACUCAUGGUUUCCUAAUGGGGCCUGAUACGGGGCGCUGUUUGGUUCGCAACAACAAGAUAUUUGAGAAUCACAAAGAGGGUGUAGCUGUAGCAAACAGCAAACAGGAGGCCCUUGUGACCGUGGAUGGCAAUGAAAUUCAUCACAACAUGGCUUCCGGUUUUUCGUUGACAGAUAGUCACCUGUCGAUCACUAACAACAAAAUUUUUGAGAAUGGCUUCUGGGGAAUUCUUUGCAAAACUAGAACUUCAGCAAAGAUAAUGGGAAAUGACAUAUUUGGCAAUAAGUGUGGUGGCAUUUUCAUAGGCAUCAAUUUUUGUGGGAAAGUCGCUAUAACCUCGAACGUUAUUCGGGACCAUGCUGGACCGUAUCUACAUUACCUAGAGGGACCAUUUCCCGACGCAAGAAGAAUUCACGAGUCGGACCCAAACUUCAUUCUUCCACCAGGAGAAACAAACUUUUAUUCAAAUCCACCAACCCAGGAAAACAAUCAAGUAUUCAACAACACAGAGGGUUUGUUUCAUCCGGCAGAAGAGGCAAUUGAAAGGUUACAAACUAGAUGUUGCCUUUGUUUCGGAAAAUUAUGCCAGAAAAGCGUGAAGAGAUGUCCAGAGUGCUAUAUUGCUGUUUAUUGUGGGCUAGACUGCCUACAGAAUCACCGGCAAAAACAUAAAUCAUUGUGCGCCGUGUUAAAGCGACGUUACUCUACAACGGUAGACCUUCAUAAGCUUCCAAAGUUUGUGACUGAGAAUCGAUACUUUGGACCACACUUAAAAGGCAUCGGAAAAUGUCCUCCGCCCAAAAAAAAAGGUCGCCAUGCAUUUAUCAUUAAGGUGCGAACUACAGCCCUGAACUGUCACCCAAAGCAGAUGAUGCGUGCUUAUGACCAAAGUCUCGCCGCUGUUCACCAUGACAUUCAGAGUAGCGACGUUUUCAAUAUGGUCAUGGAAUGCGGCGUUUUAAGACAAUUGCACAAAUUUACCAGUAAGAAAGCCUAUUUCUAG